AUGGCAGUGCAACCGUUGCAGCUUGGGCCGCUGGACUAUCAGAACUUGUCUAGUUUUUUCCCUGCGUAUUUCCCUUCGGAUCUAGGUGAAGGAGGUGUGAUGAGGCGAGAGGAAGCUCAAGAGGCGCUUCAAUGGUGCAUGGCCUUUACCUGUGUGGCCUUCAAUUCAACUGUCCCCGAGAUCUCGGAAGCGCUGCAACACCGGAGGGCCCGAUUCUCUUUAGAUCAACUUCGCUCUGCAAGACACGGGUCCCCAAACUCAGAGUUUGAUUUGGCAAAGAGACUUAUGUGUCAGGCCGACAAGUGCCUCGCCGAAAUUGGAUUGGGUUUUGAUCUUGCAUGCGCCCUUCUUCAGAGACACACUCCAAAGCUCCAUGAGAACAUAGAGAGCCCUGCCAUGCGGCCGGUUGAUGUAGAGCUGGUGGCGCCGGAGUUAGACCAACCAGUCCAAGCCGUGCGAUCAGAGAUGAUUGAUCGCUAUAUAGGUCUCAGAGGAACGGUGGUGCGUGCUGCGAACAUUUCUCCUUUGAUCACCGAAUUGAGUUUUACAUGCGGUCGCUGUUCCACAGAAGUGGUCAUGAAAGCAGUCGAGGGCCGCUUUGAAUAUCCAUCCAGCUGUCCCAAGAAGUGCCGUUUUGCGCGAUUCAGUGUCAACAGAGAGAAGUGCAAAGCUAUUGAUUGGCAGCGUGUCCGUUUGCAAGAAGACUAUGCUGAAAUGGCAGCUGGAAAUGGACCACAAAGACGCAUGCCUCGUACUGUGGACUGUGAUCUGAAGCGUGGGCUGGUCGGCUCCUGUGUGCCCGGGGAUGUAGUGAAGGCAGUUGUGAACAAUCGCCGUGCUGACUCACUAAAUCGGACUGGCACGGCCCAGUGCGAGGACGAGUUCUCACCUUUGCAGCUGUCCUUCAUUCGGGAGAUUUACAAGGAGCACGAAAAGUUGCCACUCUUGGUGGCAUCAUUUUGCCAGCACAUUUAUGGCCAGCACUUGGUGAAGGCAGCUUUGCUCCUUGCAGUGCUCGGAGGACUUCCUAUCCGUUCAGAUGGUCCAGAGCAGCGCCUGCGACGCAGAGGUGAUGUGCAUGUGCUCCUGUUGGGAGAUCCAGGCCUUGGCAAGAGUGAGCUGCUGAGAGCCCUUGCAAGAUUGAGUCACCGAGGCGUGUACGUCUCUGGGAAUUCCUCAUCAACUGCAGGAUUGACAGCCUCUGUUGUGCGAGAUCCGUCUGGAGAGUUUGCUUUAGAGGCUGGGGCUUUGAUUCUGGCCGACAAUGGCCUUUGCUGCAUUGAUGAGUUUGACAAGAUGGGCUCGGAUCAGCAGUCCUUGCUGGAAGCCAUGGAGCAACAGACUGUAUCCAUUGCAAAGGCAGGGAUUGUUUGCACCUUACCUGCCAGAACCACCGUGGUCACCGCAGCCAAUCCCAGCAAGGGCUCCUGGGAUAUGAGCUUGACACUUGCGCAGAACCUGAAGGGUGUGAUGUCUGAAGCCCUCCUGAGUCGUUUUGAUAUCAUAUUCCUCAUGCGCACCGAGGAUGAUCCCAACCAGGAUUCUGCCAUGUCUCGGCACAUCAUCAACCAGCGCAUGCACAAUGCACGCCGCCCAGACCCCCAGCCAGAAGAUUGGUCCAACACAGCUGAUGCAGAAUCGGGCCGAGAGAGCUUAAAGAGCAGGUUGACACAGGCCUGCAUGCCAGCUCUUCCGGCCGAGCUUUUGCAGACCUACCUUCGCUAUGCCAAGCGGUAUGCUCACCCCACCCUGAGUAAAGAGGCCAAGCAGCGCAUCAAGGAGUUCUAUUUGGAGCGACGGAAUGGGCCGCAGGGUGCGCUCCUGGUGACGCCGCGGCAGCUCGAAGCCUUAAUCCGCUUGAGUGAGGCGAGGGCGCGGGCAGAACUCCGAGACGUGGUCACCAAAGCAGAUGUGGAGGAUGUCUUGGAACUCCUUCGUCAUGGCUUCAACUUUCAGGAAGAAUUCUUACAAGUUCCAACGCGGAAGGGCAAAUCAAAAUCAAAUGCCUUGGUGGAUCGACUGACCCAGUUCAUGGAUCGACGCGUGCGUGCAACUGGUUGCAGGGAGUUUCGAGUGCAAGAUCUGAAGGCCAUGGCUGGAAAUGUAGACGACAAAGAUUGGGAGAAGGCGCUGCUGGCUUCGGCUUGCGUCAGCCGCUAUGCGCCUGGCAGGACGAUGUUUCCUAUGAAGGCCUUCAACGAGGCAGAGGCCACAUUUGCGAAGUCAUUGACCAAAAUGAAGCAGGAAGCACCUGACACACCGGAUUUGCUCUAUGCUUUAGAAGAAGGCCCAGAAGAACGGAGCUGGGCACUGCAGCUGCUCUCUGCCAUUGUGGAGUCACAGCCAGAUAUUGGCCGGCAGCUAAUGCCGCAAGUGCUUGCAGCGUUGGAGGAUGAUGCUGCCAGUGUGCAGCUUGCUGCCAUUGACGUGCUGGCCAAGCUUAAGGCAACAGAGCAUUUGCCUCAAAUUUUGGAUUUCUUGGCAGAUCCAAAUGCACAGCUUCGCAGUGCCAGUGCUGAAUGCAUGGGAAACAUGGAUGCCUGGCACCUGGCAGAGGAACUGCGGCCUAGCCUAGCAGAUAGCGAUGGGAACGUUGUGAAAUCAGCCUUGAAAGCUGCCAGAUCUUGGGGAGAAAAUGGCCAAAUGCUGGCCAGCGCAGUUGUUCGGUGCUUGGAUCACGCGAAUGCAGGAGCGCGCUGCGAGGCGGUGCAGGUUCUUACCUCUUGCGCUGAAGCUAGUGAACGUUUUGCAGGGAAAGUUGCCAAAUUGCUUGCCAACCCGGAUUUGCAGACCAGAGAGGCAGCUGUGGCCUUCUUUGCUGCCUUAGGUCCUCGGGGUACGCGGCGUGCCCUUGCGGAGACACAGAAGCUGCUGAAAGAUCCAAUUGGACAAUGUGCUGCUGCCAUGGCUUUAGGACACAUGAAGGCGCUGAAUUGUGCCGCAGAGGUGGCCUCCUUGUUGACUCCUGGACAAGACAGUGCGCUGGCAUUGGCUGCCACUGGCCUCGAGCCGCGCCUUGGUGUGGAAUUGCGCCGGCCAGAAUGCGCAGCAGCUUUUGCUUUGUCUCUCAUGGGUGAUGAAGGUGGCAAAUAUGCCGACUCGAUUGCUUCUCUGCUUUCUGACAAGCAGCUGCCAACGGAGGCUACAGCCUCGUUGAUCCGUUCUUUGGCCAGCAUGGGAAGCUAUGCUAGUGGUCACAAAGGGAAGCUCCUGAGCUUUUUGGAGCAUCCUCAAAGUCAAUUGCGCGAAGCUGCAUGUUGGGCUUUUGGCGCCUUCGGUGCGCUGCUCCAAGAGGAAGGCAUUGACAUGUUGCUGGCCCUAUUGAAUGACUCUCAGGCAACCGUUCGGCAGAGGGCCGCAAAGGCAUUGGGGCACUUGCAAGAGUCUUCGCUCUACGUGGAUCACUUGGCCGUGUUGUUGGACGAUCCAGUGCCAGCGGUACAGGCACAAGCUUUGGAAUCACUGGCCAGUUGUGGUGAAGAAGCGGAGUCUUAUGCGGCCAUUGUUUGCCGCAUGGCUGUGGAGCAUAGCCGGGAGGGCCACAGCGGUGUCAGGUGCUCUGCACUGAAGACCUUGGGCAACAUGAGAGCUGCAGACUUUGCAGAGGAAGUGGCUGGCUGCUUUGAGGACAGUGAUCCCUUGGUGCGGGCUGCUGCGGCAGAGGCCCUGGCUCACUUUGGUGCGGAAGGGAAAGAGUUUCUUAUGCAGGUGGAGUUGCUUCGAAGUGAUCCGCAUGAAGCAGUGAGAAGGGCAGCAGAUGAAUGUGCAUUAGCAUUGGAUGCCUAG